AUGUCCAAGUUUCGAGUUGUGCAAUUGACUCAAGAAGCGCUUAAGAUUCAAUGCAAAGUGGAUGAUUUUGAACAGUGGGGAGCUCCGUAUUUGACUCUGUCUCAAUACCUGAAAAAAGAGGAGAUACAACGCGCAACAACGUUUUCUAAACGAGGCUCCAUUUUUUGGGCACUUGUUGACAAAAAUGAAGAUUGCGAUGUCAAGAUUGGUGAUCCAGUGUUGUAUUGUCAUUGUGAAAGUCAUCGCUUUGAUUGUGUUGUGCGUCACAGCUCAGGGGAAAUUGAACGAGGCUAUUCGUAUCACAUUGGGUCGGUCUUUACGCUCCCGGUAUAUCGCAAUCAAGGACUCGCAACUUAUUUUAUCACUGAAGUGGCCAAACAGUUGAGAACGUUACCAAAUGCACUACUCUCAGUGCUUUACUCGGACAUUGGACCAACUUUUUAUGAUAAACUUGGGUGGAAAGUAUAUUCGUCGACGAUGGCAGUGUUAAGUGUUGGAAAAUAUGCGAAUACUCGCAAUGAUAGUAGCGUAAAGCUAGAGUUUCUGACGUUAAAAGACAAUCUGGACAAGUUGUUGAAAGAUGAUAAUAUUCGACUAGUCAACGAGCUGGCAAGUGAUCGUUUUCAAAGACAAAAGGCAUUUGCAAUUCUGCCCACUUGUGACUCGAUUGAAUGGCAAUUUUGUAUUGGUGUGCACUUUGCCCAAGUUCGACAGUACAAAGAACUUCCAAGUUGCUGUGGUGUUGUGGCCAACAAUGACGCUUUCAUUGUUUGGUGUCAUAAUUUUAAAGAGUCAACGCUGUACGUUCUUCGGGCUCGAUGGUCGAACGAUAGCGACACAUCUACAGAAAUGAUAAAGUUACUGCUGAAUGAAGCGAUAAAGGAAGCUCGCAGGUUUAAAUUGGAUAAAGUUGCGAUUUGGGCUCCACCUUCGAUCUUAACUAAAGCUGAGGUUUGUAGCCACUUUGAAAUGAAUGUCAUCGAGCGUGAAGACUCGUUGUCAAGUGCUAUGAUGUUCAGUUCCGAUAGCAGCAAAGACGAAUUGAUGCCUUCUCCUUACUGGUUGGCUAAUGAAAAAUAUGCCUGGGUUUAA